CGCCGUGCAGUGCAUCAGUCGCGGGAAAGAAGGAGGGAAGAGCAGAAGGGGAAAAGAGGGAGAGAAAGACAGACGAGCAGCAGGCGCGGAACAGGGAGAGGACACCGUGGAAAAGGACACAAAUUAAAAAAUAAAUAAAUAAAUAAAAAACAGCCCGGCGCGUUAAACGUGAUGCCAUGCGGCCAUUGAGACUCGGGGACGGAGCUUCGUCAUAAAGCCGAGCGCGCGAGGAGAAACCGGGCAACACUGCUGGUGCAAAGGGACAUUUUACGCAUCAUCAUCAUCAUCAUCAUCAUCCCCAUCAUCAUCAUCAUCAUCAUCAGAAGCAGCUGCAACAUCAUCACCAAAAUAUGUCCUCAAGGUCUGUGUGAAAAGAAAUAUUCGGAUUACUUUCAUGCACUUCUCUGAACGCUGAACUACUGAUCAUCCAAGAAACCAGAGAGAGAGAGAGAGAGAGAGAGAGAGAGAGAGAGAGAGAGAGAGAGACGGACAGGAGCUUCAGAUCAGAUCGGAUCGGAUCAGAUCGGAUAUUUUGGGGGAGAUUUACCUCUUUAAGAUGCACUUUCUUGGAAUAUCAGUGUGGUUUGCAUUUUCGGCGCUGCUCUACGCGAACCUCGCUUUCCAAUCAAGCCACGAGUACUAUGAUUAUGAGCAGGAGGAAGGAGAUGAUGGCAUGGAGCCGUCAGAGCCGGAUCUGGAGGAACAGUUGCGUUCUGCGGGCAGUGUGGAUGAGCUGAUGAGGCUACUCUACCCCAGUUACUGGAACAUGUUAAAGUGCCACUCGAAACGCGCCAUCAAUCCUCGUUCCUCUCACAGAGACCCAGACACGCGCUCAGAGGAGCUCUCCUUCGCCGCCGCCUACUUCAACCUCGAUAUAUUUAAAAGUAUUGAGGCGGAAUGGAGAAAGACCCUGUGCAUGCCACGCGAGGUGUGUUUAGAUGUGGGGAAAGAGUUUGGGGCGGCGACAAACACCUUCUUUAAACCCCCGUGCGUGUCUGUCUACAGAUGUGGAGGCUGCUGCAACAGCGAGGAGCUCCAGUGCAUGAACAUCAGCACCUCCUUCAUCAGCAAAACGCUAUUUGAGAUCACAGUCCCUGUGAAGCAGCCGCCCAAGCCAGUCACCAUCAGCUUCGCCAAUCACACCUCAUGCAGCUGUUUGUCCAAGCUGGAUGUGUACAGACAGAAACAUUCCAUCAUCCGGCGAGCGCUGCCAGAAUGUCAUGUGGCGAAUAAAACAUGCCCGAAGAACCAGAGCUGGAGCAAUGGCUUAUGCAGAUGUGUGUCUCUGCAUGACACACUCUUUCCCCAGCAGCACUCGGACCCUUUCGAGCAGGAUUUCUGCGGCCCCAACAAAGAGCUGGACGAGGAGACGUGUCGAUGUGUGUGUCGAAAGGACCUGAGGACGGCAGGCUGCGGGCCGAAACGUCACCUGGACAAGAACACGUGUCAGUGUGUGUGUAAAACUCAGCCGAGGUCCUGCGGCCCUCAUCACACCUUCAACAAGGACACGUGCCAGUGCAGCUGCAACAAAGUGUGUCCCAGCACACACCCACUCAACCGCACCAAGUGUGCGUGCGAGUGUAACGAGUCUCACAACAAGUGCUUCCUCAGGGGGAGGAGGUUCCAGCCGGCCACGUGCAGCUGCUACAGGCUGCCGUGUCCUGGGGACCCGAGGAAGCGAGAAUGCGAGGAGGGAUUUUACUUCAGCGAGGAAGUGUGUCACUGCAUCCCCAAUUACUGGAGGAGACUGGAUUAGCCGAUGCAAAGCUAGCAGCUAACGGAGCUAAAAGAAGCGCAGAGAUGCUAACAUAAGCAGCCUUCCUGGUGUCUGCUGCUAAUCGGACUCCCUUUCGCUAGCAUGGACUAGCAAAUCAGCAAAUGGGGACUCGCUAAAAAAAAAAAAAAAAAAAGACAUUCAAUUGUAGCCCCAAAUAUCAGACACAGGGGAGCGAGCUUACUUUGAACUUUAAAGAGGCUGGAGCUGUUUUAUUUUCUACAUCUUUUGAUUUUUUACUCAUUAUUUGUCAGAUAUUGAUUAUAUAAUUUAUUGCCACUAAAAAGAUUUUUUUUUUUUUUUCAGUUUUUGUGCAUAGCGAUUUUGAAUCUUCACAAAGGAAAUACACUGUGAUCAAUAUUUUUGUAUCAUGUGAAGUCCAGUAAAAAAAAUAAAUAAAAUAUAAAGUUGUAUUAUAUAUUGUUAACUUAUUUAUAAGCUAGUCUAUUAUACAGAAAUAGUACAGAUAAUGCAGAACCAUUUCAAUGUAUUCAGUUAUGAUCUAGCACUAGAACUUCUGUAUACUGUAUGAGUUUUAUCUCCAGCGACAACUCAGAUUUCUUACAAGCACGAGCAAAUGUAAGAUGGAAAAUUUUACAGAAGACCCAAUCGGAGCAUCGUCCAGCAAAAAUCUGCACCGUGUCACAAAUAAACAUUUUAUAUUUUGUGCCUAUAAAAAUUGUACCAGUGCAUCAUUCCUUUAAAAAUCAGCGCAAAGAGACAUUCAACCGAAGAGGCCUGCACACACACACACACACAGAGACACAGUGCCAUUGAGAAAUGGCCCAUUUACGUGUUGUGUACUGAUGAUGCAAAUGAGUAACCAUUUGCUGAAAUUCCAUUUUCAUUAUCGUGAUAAUUGCCGAAGGUUUUAACACAGUUUACAGUACUGUAUCUGAGGGACACACUCACAGAGUGACAGGUGAUUGCUGAUUUUCUACAUCCGUAUGCGACAUAGAGCCACAAUUUCAGCAACAGUGGAAAGGGACAUAUGAAAUGUGAUUUUUCUUAUGAAUAAAUAAAGAGUUACUGAAUGCUUACAAAGAAAAAUAAAGAGUUAUGUAACUCUUAUGACGCAAUAAAGAGUUACGAAAUGCUUACGAAGAAAUAAAGAAUUACGGAACUCUUAUGACGCAAUGAAGAGUUAUGAAAUGCUG